GCUGAGCUCACAAGCAGCUCUGCUCUGUAGCCUAGCAGAGCGGAGCAGAGCUCACUCUCCGUUUUCCUCCAGGAUUAGAUAGGAAGCAAGGGCUACGGCAUGGCUACCUCUGACACGCCUUGAUUCGUCCUGCUCAUUUAAGUCGCACAGCUCACCUCUCUUCCCUCUUUAUAAGCAGAGUUUGAGAGCUUUUGUUGACGUAUGAUUUCGGUCGUGGAAUGACAAAAAAUUAAUCUUUGGCUCACUCGAUCCGAUAAGCAGCGUUGAAAUGGAGAACCACGUCGCCAGCGAGUCUCAGCUGCCGCCUGGUUUCCGUUUCCACCCCACCGACGAGGAGCUCAUCACGCACUACCUCCUCAAGAAAGUGCUUGACGUCAACUUCGCAGGCCGGGCCAUUGCCGAGAUCGACCUCAACAAAUGCGAGCCAUGGGAACUCCCAGAGAAGGCGAAGAUGGGGGAGAAGGAAUGGUACUUCUUCAGCCUUCGCGAUCGGAAGUACCCCACCGGACUGCGGACCAACAGGGCAACAGACGCCGGGUACUGGAAGGCGACGGGGAAGGACCGGGAAAUCUACAGCUCGAAGGCGACGGCGCUGGUGGGGAUGAAGAAGACGUUGGUGUUCUACAGAGGGAGAGCUCCCAAGGGCGAGAAGAGCAACUGGGUGAUGCACGAGUACAGGCUCGAGGGCAAGUUCGCCUACCAUUUCUUGUCGAGAUCUUUCAAGGAGGAAUGGGUAGUUUCCCGCGUGUUUCAGAAGUGCGGCGGUGGGGGAAGCAGCGGGAAGAGGACCCGCUUCGCGCUCGCCGGCGAGAGCGCCGCCGUGAGGGAGGCGGCGCCCGUGCCCUGCUUCUCCACCACCGUCUCCUUCAUGGGCCUCCACUUCCCGCCAGCUCCUCCGUCCGGCUUCGCCGGAGGCUUCCAGAGUCUGAGGUCGUUGCAGGAGAAUCUUCACUUGCCGUUUCUCAUACCAAGUGCGGCCGGGCCGCCGCCGGCGAUCGAUUCGGCGGGCUCGGGGUGGCCGUCGGAUUUCCAUCGGACGGCCGAGACUAGUGAUGCUGUGCUGGGUCACCAGUUGCCUGUGGGGUCCACGGAGCUAGAUUGCGUUUGGAGCUUCUAAAGAAGUCCUGUUUGGUACCAGCGGCAGCUGCUACGAAAUCUGCCCGUUUUGUACUCCGAUCCGACACGUGUCGCGUUGUGAUGUGAAUUUCUGGCUACGAAAAAGAAAGCGUUCCUAAAAUUUAA